AUGAGUGAGCAUCCAAACGCGACUGUCGACCUGCAGAACCCAGACGAGGCGCGCCCACCAAAGCGCGCGCGACUCGACGCUCCUCUCACCGUCACCCAAGAUUUACAACAAGAAGUCAUGGACGACGAUGAUGACUGGGACGAUGUAUACGGCGAUACCAGCGCGAACACAGACGGCGGCGUAGCUCCAGUCUCCGACGCCGACCCAACCAGCACAUUGCCCUCCGCACCGCACGAGCAUCAAUUCGGAGUGACGGAAGACAGGCCGGAAAAUGGCAAGCAGAGCGAGGUGCCGGACGGCGUACCGCCAGAGGCUAUCUCUGAAGGUGAUGAUCUGGUUGGGCCGCCUCCUCAACCACCACUCGAGAAUAAUGACAAGGCUUCCAUCGAUGUGAUGGAGGAGACGACCGAGGCGGAGGUCCAACCCACGGUGCCUGCGUUAGGGAAGGCUGCCAAGACGGAAGAGCGAUCGGAGGCGGAAAAGAGCGCGACAAAUGCACAGAAUGGCGGCCUAGAUCAGCUCAUGGCUGAUGUCGAGCCUGCGCAGAGUCGGCUCAAAGCCACCGAGGACGCAGAGUUUAUGCAAGCAGCUGCAGCACAGAAGAGCAACGAAAAUGCAGAAUGGCAGUUCGAUACCUCCGACGAGGAUUCUUCAGAUUCCGACACAACCGACCCUGACGAUUCAUCGGACGAUUCAGACAGCGGCAGCGAGGGCGACUAUGAAAUGCUCGACCCUGCGACUGCAGCCAAGAUUCUCAUGGCCGAGGAAAAGAAUGAGGAAGGUGAAGGCGCGGGAGCCAACGUUGACCGACAGCCACGAACUCAGAACGAGGUCAAGGAAGAGAUAGUCCCCAAGCCUGACAUCACCAUCACUCCUGAGAUGCCAAUCACGUUCUUGGGUACGGUAGAGAAUAUCGUGGAGAAAAUGGUACUUAUCAAGGGUGCAACUCCGGGCGAGUACCAAGUCCUAGAGGGAGGCUCUGUUCUCUGCAAUGAAGACAGAAAAGUCCUCGGCGCUGUGGCAGAUACUUUCGGCCGAGUGCAAGAGCCAAUGUACAGCAUGGCCUUUACAAACGCGGAAGAGGUACGGGACUAUGGGCUGGAGAUUGGUUCCAAAAUCUUCUACGUCAACGACCACAGCACUUUCGUCUUCACCCAGCCGCUGCGGAACUUGAAAGGCACAGACGCAUCCAACAUUCACGACGAAGAGGUCGGAGAAGACGAACUCGAAUUCUCGGACGACGAGAAAGAAGCGGAAUUCAAGAGGCAGAAGAAGCUCGCGAAGAAAGAAGGACGCGGCGGUCUGUCACGGAGUGCAUUUGAGAGUGGCGAGCGCAUCGUAGCGAGACCUGGUUUUGGAGGAAACAGCGACGCACCUGCACAGACAUAUGGUGGAGGCUUGAGCUACGAUGAUAAUGGGUCUGACGACUUCUAUCAGCCAUUGAAGCGACCUGAAAAUCUCAGCCAACUCAUGGCUGGGUCAGCUCCUCCACCACGAGAGCAACCUCCUUUCGCCGAUCGCGGACGUGGAAGAGGCCGUGGCGACAGAGGACGUGGACGCGGCGAUCGCGGUAGAGGAGAUCGUGGCCGGGGUCGUGGCGGCUUCGAGCAGCGCCACCAACGCGGUGGAAGAGGCGGCUUUGAGUCUGGUCACCAGCACCAGCAAGGACGUGGUCACAGAGGAAAUGCUCACGGGCUCUCCGACCGUCAAAGUGGUUCUGGUGCGCAAGGAGCGCCACAAAACCAACCCAAUCCUCCAAACGCGCACCAACCGGCAUCGACACAGGGACUCUAUCAACCGCCGCCACAGACUUACCAGACCGGUAGCAACCAGCUUUCUUACGGAAAUCAAGCUGCAAUUGCUGCGCAACAAUAUGGUUACUAUGGGCAGCAGUACAACCAGCAGGCUCCUGCAGGAUCGGUGCCGGCUGGCGCAUAUGUCAACCCGGCGUUCUUCCACUCGCAGGCACAGCAACAACAACAGCAAGCCUAUACCGGAUGGAAUGGGCAGUACCAGCACCAGCAGCCCGCGCAACCGCAAGCUGGUUCUGGAGCGCAGCAGGCGCCGAGUAAUAUCGACAUCGGCUCUAUCUUGGCGCAACUUCAGGGACAGCCGCCGCAUCAGUAG